AUGAGGCAACAACUGCUCUUGAUGCUGCUGAUUGUACCGAUAAUAUACGCGGAUUCUUGCAACCAAUACAAUACGUGUCGUCAGUGUGAUUCAGCAGUGGACAGUGACGGCUCUCAGAUGUGCAGCUGGUGUAGUCAUACUUUAAAAUGUGUCAGCAUAUCAGGUUUAGAAUGCGUUUUUGGAAACAAAAUUAGUGACAUAUAUGACUGCCCAAUAGAAGUCUCAAAUGGGUAUGAAUAUGAGGAAAGUUUUGCAAAAAAAAUGAUGGGAAUUAGCGGCGCUGCAUACACCAGUAAACCAAAUGAGUGCCUAAAAAAUAUUAUUCAUGGAGCUACACUGAAGAAACAAGUCACUGUUCAGUGUGACUCAGAAGACGAUGAUUGCUCCGGUUUUGUUGGUCUUUCUUCGUACUAUAAAGCUAUCAUUCUUUCAUUUCGAGGUACCGACGGAUUUACACAACUAGUCGUCGAGGCUGCAGAGUCUGUAUUUUCUAAGAAAGUAUCAGUUAUAGGAGGAGGCAAAGUUAGCAAAUAUUUCUAUGAUGCAUUCAAUUCUGUUUGGUCUGGAGGGAUGAUGGCAGAAGUGUUAAGUCUUCGUAGUGCAUAUCCAAGUUAUGAGCUUUGGGUACUGUUUACACCACUGCAAAUAGUUUGUAACAUUUGA